GCCGAGUUUGUUCAGGCAAUGCCAUUGUUUGUUGGUAAUGCUCUCAACAUCACUGCGGAUGAUGUUAUUGUGAUUACAUUGACAAGCGCAGCCAAGAAAACGACAAACAAGAAGAGAGAUAACGAAGAAUACAAUACAAACAGCAAUGGCGUCGUUGUCACUCUUUCUGUGCCCAAAGAUAGUGUGAUCCCCCUUCAGAAUCUCGUUUCGGAUCCUACCAGUGUUCUUUAUUCAACCUCAAACGGCCAGCUGGCAUCUCUGGUAGACAAUUCUUACCCUGUCAGCGGUAGUUCCAGUUCAAGUUCUAGCUCCAGUUCUGCGUCUUCUAGCAUUGUAGACCCAAAUUCAACUGAAGAUCAAAGUUCAUCAUCCAGUAAUGGAGGUUCUAGUGGAAAUGGUGGAUUGUCAAAAGCAUCAAUUAUUGGUAUUUGUGUUUCUGUCGGCGUUGUUGUGUAUGCUGCUGCUACUGUAGUAAGUGUACGUGCUUACCGCCGCCACCGGGUGCGAAAAGAUACAGAAGCCCAGCAACAACACCAAGUAUUUGCUCAGAGUAUAUCAGCCCCAAUCAUGCAAGAAAAUUCUCUAGGGUGGCAGAGCCAACGUCCUACGUAUCAUGGUAACCAAUGGUAACAUGAUUUAAACUAGAAAUAUUUAAGAUAAUAAAGAUACCGCAUAAUAAUUUGUUUAACCAUGUCGUUAUGGAACAUGUGUUUAAUAAAGACUUUGAGAAUAAAAUAAUAUUUGCCACGUUACAGGCAUAUUAUUGAACAGCUU